CUUGAAAAAUGACAUGGCUAUUGUAGAAGGCGUAGAUUGGGAGGGAGGCUCAGCCGCGCUUGUGAAUAACUUGUAAUAGUACGAUGUCAUGCUAUCUUUAAAGACGAUUUUGUGUACAUAUAUGCGGUGAUGUCUCAUGUCUCAAGCCCCUUUCGCAGACAUGCUGUGCCACGAAAUGAAAGACGUGGGCGAUUGAAGGCCGACGAUGGACUCGUGAAAGACUAACCCUUACAUAAGCAACCGAUGACGCUCGACCCUACUUGGCCAAAAAACAUCAUCACCAAGGUCCAAAGCGCAUCGAUAACAACCCCGCAACAGCCCACUUCCACGAUCGCAAGCUUCUUCGUACGCCCUACGCAUAUUCAUAUCUGAAGUAUCCGAGACUGACGGAUUGCGCAGUGUUUCACCCACCGCCGCAACGAUGCCACCCAAGCAGAUGACAGGCAAGGGCCGUACCCUCAACGAGCCCAGCUUCGCGUCCAGCACCAUCUCAGCAUUUACAAGCAAGGACAACAGGAGUAUCGUUACUGCCGCGGGAAUGUUCGCUAUUGGUGUAGCAUUCUUGCACAGCAGCUGGGCCGAGAUCCUUCUUCCCGCGUAAACCCGAAUCGAUCCCAUACAAGGAGACAAUGCGCCCGCCCCAGCGAACGAGUUAGGUUGAAAUGCCAGUAGCCAUCGUAGGGCAACGAACGAUCCUCGACGCCAUGUACAAAGAAGCAAACUCCGGUUUGAGCAAGAGCAUUGAAAAGGAAGGCGUUCAGGCAUGAAAGCACACAUACCGGUAGUGUGAAACCAAUAUCUCCAAAGUAUUCUCUAAAAACGGUCUUAUAACGAUCUUGUAACAUUAUGUAUAACAAUGACGAGAACACGCCCACAUACUCUGUCCUUUCCCUUUGUC